ACAUAGUUUUUUUGCAAUAUUUUAGGGGUCCACGCCACUGACGCAAAGUACUCGUAAUUAAGUUGUACGUUUUAAAUUAUCGAUUAAUAAUAUUUAGCAUGUUAUUUUGCUGAAUUUUUUUUCUUAAAGUUGCAUCUAAAGGGAAAACAUAUGGAGUGAUUCAAAUGAACUAAUUUUCAUUGAGUUAAUGAUUGAGGAGGUGAAGAAAAGAAAUCGAAUAGCUGGUAACUUCUCCAGACUUGGAUGGAGGAAUAUUGUACAAGGACUCAAAGAAAAAAUUGGCAGAGAUUACACUGAUCCUCAAUUGAAAAAGAAGUACCAAAGCUUGAGAAAAAGACACAGGAAGCUCACACUCACAGUCUUAAUUCAAGAGAUUGGGAUUGAUUACAAUUCUUGUACAGGUGACGUUAAUGCUAGUGAAGAUGUCUGGGAAACUCUACGAAGGGGGCACUCAUUGGCGACUGAGUUUUGGAAGCAAAGAAUAUAAAGGAGAAAAGAUGCAAAUAAAUGCAAAUAACGAUA